UUCGGCCCUACCCAGCCUCCGCCAUGCUGGGACUCCGCCGGGACCGGCUGCUGACCCUGAUGUUGCUCGGGGCGCUGCUUUCCGCUGACCUCUACUUCCACCUCUGGCCCCAAGUGCGGCUCCAGCUGCGGCCCCGGAAAGGUCGCAGGAGCUGCUCUUGCCCAGAUUCCGCUAGCCACCCCUCCGCCCCGCCCCCGGACUCCGCAGCUGCGACCACCUCCCGCCGGGGCGAAGCCGCGCACAACUUUUCCCAAGUCCAACCCGGCGAACGGAACACUGAGCAGGGCGGCCGCAGUGCUGACCGCCAGGGCCUCCCCUCUAAACUGCAAAGCCUCUUUGCCCACCCGCUAUAUCGCGCUCACGAAGAGCCGUCUCUGCAAGGACCCGAGGACACUCUGCUGUCCAGCCGGGAAGCACUACGCUAUUACCUAAGAAAGGUAGCCCGUUGGAACAGACGACACAAGGCAUAUAAAGAGAAACUCAAUCAGACCUCCUCAGAGGCCCCACUACAGUUCCAACAUGAAGCCAGCUGGGUCCAGUUCCAACUUGGUAUCAAUCGCCAUGGAUUGUACUCCAGAUCAAGUCCCGUCAUUAACAAACUCCUUCAUGACAUGAGGCACUUCCCUACCAUCAGUGCUGAUUACAGUCAGGAUGAGAAGGCUUUGCUGGGGGUAUGUGACUGCACCCAGAUUGUGAAGCCCAGUGGAGUCCACUUGAAACUGGUUCUGAGGUUCCAAGACUUCGGGAAGGCAAUGUUCAAACCCAUGAGACAGCAACGGGAGGAAGAGACACCUGAAGACUACUUCUACUUCAUUGACUUUCAAAGACAUAAUGCUGAGAUCGCAGCUUUCCAUCUGGACAGGAUUCUGGAUUUCCGUCGUGUCCCCCCAACUGUGGGGAGGCUGUUGAAUGUCACCAAGGAAAUUUUGGAGGUCACCAAGAAUGAAAUCCUGCAAAGCGUUUUCUUUGUCUCCCCAGCCAGCAAUGUGUGCUUCUUUGCUAAGUGUCCAUAUAUGUGCAAGACCGAAUAUGCUGUCUGUGGCAACCCUCACCUAUUGGAGGGCUCCCUCUCAGCAUUCCUGCCAUCUCUCAACCUGGCCCCAAGACUAUCUGUGCCCAGCCCAUGGAUCCGAUCUUAUUCACUGGCAAGAAAAGAGGAGUGGGAGGUGAAUCCACUGUAUUGUGACUCAGUGAAGCAAACUUAUCCAUAUAAUAGCAGCAACCGACUCCUCAACAUCAUCGACAUGGCCAUCUUUGACUUCUUAAUAGGAAACAUGGAUCGUCAUCAUUAUGAAAUGUUCACCAAGUUUGGGGAUGAUGGGUUCCUCAUUCACCUGGAUAAUGCCAGAGGAUUUGGACGACAUUCCCAUGAUGAGCUCUCCAUCCUUUCACCUCUCAACCAGUGCUGCAUGAUAAAAAAGAAAACACUGCUGCACCUGCAGCUGCUGGCCCAUCCAGACUACAAAUUGAGUGAUGUGAUGAGGGAAUCACUUCAAGAAGACCAACUAACUCCUGUCCUCACAGAACCCCACCUUCUGGCCUUGGACAGGAGGCUACAAGUCAUCCUAAAGACAGUGGAAAGAUGUAUAGGGAUUCAUGGAGAACAGAAUGUUGUAGCCACUGAAUCAUCAGAACUUUUAGACCCAAACUCUAACCAAGUAGAUUUGGCAAGCUAGGAUCUGGAGAUUAAAAUGGAAAUAUCAAAUUUAAGAAAAGGUCCCAGGAGACAGACAGUGGACUGAUCAUCAAUUUCACCUGUUAUGUCUAUUUCUGGUCCAUGCUGAGCUAUCACAAUCUCAGAAAAGAUGUCAGGAGCUCAGUUGAUUCCAAUAAGCAACAAAAGUCUCCUGAUCUUGAACUUCAUUCUUUGAAGCAAUAUUUUUAUAGCAGUUGUUGCCAUAUUUUCCCUAGAAGACAGGAACUCCACAAAGCUCACAAUACUGCCCCUGGGCAUCCAGCAUGAACCCAGGUAGAGAAAUGGGUCUAAAUCAGUUAUCCUCAUAUGGAGAUUUCAAGUUUUGACACUUGACUCCUACUUAAAGGAAUUAAUGCAAACAAGAGUCUUUGAAUAAAAAAGACAACAAAUUAAGUGUACAAUUACUCCUUGAUUCUAGUUUUGAUUCUGUGAAUGAUGAAAAAUGCUUUGGAUACCCAAUGCAGGCUAAAAUAAAAAGUUGGAGAAAUGGA